AUGUUAAGACUAGUUUAUCUUUUCAUCUCAAUUUACAGUUUAAUUCACUUCAACAGUGGUACUAGUACUAGUAUUCACGGCAAAUCAUUUCUCACUCUUCAAUCAUCGAUUUUUCCACCACGUAAGACAAAUAGGCCCGUGAAUUUAUCUUUAGAAGAGAAACACAGACUUUGUCUUGCUGAACUUUCAACUGCAAGAUCUUCUUUGAGUAACUCUAUUGAACAACAUGAAUCUUGCACAAACGCUUUGGUUAAGUUGCAAUCUGAUCAUUCUUUAAAAGGAAGUGUCUGCGAUGGUUUAAAGGGAGAUUAUGAUAAAUAUUGUAAGGGACGUCACAAAUCUCCGUCGUUUGACAAAGAAUUGUGUAGAAAAAUGUGGAAUAAUUUCUUAGCUUGUCUGGCUGAGAAACGUCAAUUAGCACGCGAAGUAUCCCAGCAGAGUAAAAUAUGUGAUAAAACUGAUGAUCAGGUUAGGAAAGAUACUGAUUCUUAUCAAAGAAUUGAGGAAAAAUGUUCCAAAAUGGAACAUUCAAUCUACAACAGUCGCCAUCAGACUGAACUUAGUGUAAUUCAGGAUGAUGCCAUUUUGGAGAAACCAACUACAAGUAUUACAAGAAAUGAUAUAAGUGCGCUUAAUUCUGCCGUUCAAAGAGCUCAAGUUGAACUAAAGCAGUGUAUAGAUGAGCUGGCUAAACUUUCUGAAAGACUUGCUGAGAAGAACGAACAGAUUAGUGAUUUAUCAGAGAAAAUUUCACAAUUUGAAGUUAAAAAAGUAGGUAAGAAGGGUAUUUUUGGAAAAAAAGUUCUUGAUGAAAGUAUAUCAAGUCAAAUUUCAGAACUUAACUCACGGUUAAGCGAAUUAAAUACACAUGAAAAAGGUUUAAAGAAGCUUCUUCUUUCUCAAGAAAAAGAGUGCAGAGUUUUGGAAACUAAAUUAGAAGUUGCAACGGAAAGGCUCUCCUUAGCUAAAUCUUCAACUUCCACUUCUCACGGAACUAGGGGAUCUACGGGUUGUUUUGGACGAUUUACUCGGUUUGUUUUGAGAACUUGUAGAAGAGUUGCUAACAGGUUUACGAGGAACGUUGACAAAGAUUGCAAUAACAUGAGAAGGACACGAAGUAGAACGUCGGAAACGCAGUUUUGA